UCCCUGCGCUCUUCGUCGCCGGUAGCAGAGGCAACAGAUCCCGGUGGGCUGGUCUUCGUUGUCGUCUUCUUGCUUCUCGCCUUGCCGUCAGCUUCUCCCUCGCCAUCAGCUUCCUUCGUGCAACCCGAUUUGAUUUGAUUAGAUUAUUGGAGGGGCCGUUUAUGAUUUUUAUCUUAUAUUAUUGAAGCCGGGCCAAAGAUCCAUGGAGAUGCUAAUGAUGAUAUUGAAACAUGUAACCUAAAUAUAAAUAGAAUAUAAGAGAAUACCCAAAAUCAAACUGAAACAGCAGCUAGCUAUGCUGACUGACCAUAAUGAUGCGGAGACGAAGGCAGGGACGGAACUGGUCAGUUGCCCCACGGCAAGAACGCGGAAGCUGGCAGAUGUUUCGGAUGAGAAUAUGAUGGAAAUCUUGCUGAGGUUUCCGGCAAGGACGCUUGCUUCCUUAAGGAGCGUGUGCACUUCAUGGAGAAACCUAAUUUCCUCCCCUCCUUUCACCUGUAACCACCUUCGUCGUUCAUGCUUACUUGAUCCAACUUUGACUACGCUACGAAUUGCUUAUUGCACUUGGGCUUACAGAAAUGACGUCAGAUGCGGUACUAUCGGACUUCUCUCCGUACACUCAAUCUUGGACAAUCCUUCCGAGCCUACUCAAGUCGAUUGCUUCAGGGAACAACGCUACUACGGAAUCAUUGGUUCUUGCAAUGGAUUGUUAUGCUUGGUUGAUGAACAUGCCUACAAAUACAUGCAUGCCAUCUUGUGGAACCCCUGUACGGGAUUCACAUUCGAAUCACCGGAAAUCAGCGGCGAAGUCCGCUUUUGUGGCUUUGGUUACGAUUAUCUCAGUGACAGUUACAAAAUUUUUGCAACUAUAAGGACGGAAGGGCCAUCUAAUUUUGAGUUUAGUACCAGAAUUUAUACAUUUGGGCCAACUUCGUCAUGGAGAAAAAUUGAUGAUAUCCCAGUAGCCCUAUUUGGUGUCCCAAGUGACAAUCCUAGUUGGGAUGUUAAUAGGGAAGGGGAAUUUUUCGGUAGUAGCAGAUUAUGCACUCUUAAUUGGUGUGUUAAUUACGUGGUUCUUUAUUUUGAUUUGGGUAAAGAGACUUAUGGUCAUUUUUCUCUGCCUGAUAGUGAAAUAGAUUUAGAUCAUCCUUAUUAUUUUUCAAGGGGGUGCACUCACUUAUGUGUCUUGAGAAAUUGCCUUUCUCUUUGUUACGGGCAUAAGAGUACAUACGAGUGGAUUGUGUGGCAGAUGAAGGAAUACGGAGAUGCUCAAUCUUGGACUAAAUUGGCAGUGAUUCCGGUCUAUGAAAAAUUCACUUAUCCAGAUCCUUGUCGUUGUUUUCAACCUCUUUACAUCUCGGAAAGUGAUGUUCUUUUGGCAUUUUGUCCAUUUUUCGGCAUAGUUUUGUGUAACUUAAAUGAUGGGAGCGUAGAUUUUCCUGAGAUUGACAACUCUGGCAUGGGGAACCAUCCUGCUUUUUCUCAAUGUGUCGGGUAUAGGAUGGCUUGUAUCUACCAUGACAGCUUAGUUUCACCAAAUGGUCUUCAAAGCAACUCAUCCAAAAUGCUGCUGCGCUUCAUCAAACCCAAACUCAAGCCUAUUGACUCUUAAAGCCUGUUUGCGCCUUCUCUUGGUGAAGCCUUUCUAGCACUACCAACUUUGUUAUUAAUGUUAUCGAAUUUAUUUAUCUCAGUAUUAUGUUCUUGUUUCAAUUGGAAUUUACGGCUUUAUGAUAAUUCAUUUGAUCUUCUUCAUAUUCUUGUCAAAUAAUUCAUAAGAAAUUGUAUUUGCUCUUGGUAUCGUUAUUUCUUCUUGUAAAUCAUUGAUUAGGUAAAAAAAUUAGUAUACAGUUGCACCUUAUGAUUUUCGAUAAUAAAUCUAUUAUCACAUUAAUUUUAUU